GAGAUCCCGUUGUAGAGAUGGCGUCUCGAAAAAUUAUAAUCGUGGACAUGGCUACUUUUUCGACUUCUCUCUGCUAUAACUUCAGUAACUAAAGUAAUAACAACUAAUAAUCAACGUUUAGUUAUCAACUUGUAUACAUUCGCUCAAUCGCUUUGCGACUAUUGAAAUCUACUAAAUGCGCCCUAUGUUUCGCAAAACUGUGUAUAUAAUUGUAUAAAAUAUUCAGAAGAAUGACGUCGAUAUUGAGAAACUGCUGGAGACUGUCGCAGAGUUUAGCAGCCGCUACGCCAAAAUGUUAUGGUGUCGCUUCUCCAUUAUCGAUAAGAUGUAACACCACGACUACCAGCGACAAAACCGAAAAAACUGAGAUACGUCCCACAGUACGGAAACCCAGUAGUCAUGUUGACAUUGAUCACCUGAUAAAUUUUGGCCGUUACAUAAACGAUUGUCUACCCAAAUAUAUACAACAAGUACAGAUGGCCGCUGGCGAUGAGCUAGAAUUGUUAAUCGCCCCUGAUGGCAUUAUCCCUAUACUUACAUUUUUAAAAGACCAUCAUAAUACACAGUUUGUUAAUCUGGCAGAUAUUACUGCUAUAGACGUGCCCAGUAGGCAGUAUAGAUUUGAGCUUGUCUAUAAUCUACUGUCGCUGCGAUAUAACUCGCGUAUUAGAAUUAAAACAUAUACCGACGAGUUGACACCAGUUGACUCUGCCUACAGCGUUUUUCAAGUUGCUGACUGGUAUGAGCGAGAGAUAUGGGAUAUGUUCGGUGUAUUCUUCUCGAAUCAUCCUGAUCUUCGUAGAAUUCUUACAGACUAUGGCUUUGAAGGGCACCCAUUAAGAAAAGAUUUUCCACUCAGCGGAUAUGUUGAGGUGCGCUAUGACGAUGAAUGUAAAAGAAUAGUAAUUGAGCCAUUAGAAUUGGCCCAGGAAUUCCGUAAAUUUGAAUUAGCCGCUCCGUGGGAACAGUUCCCUAACUUCCGAGAUGCUCCACCAGCUGCUGAAACUAUUUCAAAGGAAAAAUAAUUGCUCUCACACAGAUCAUAGUCAUUGUCUGAGUAAACAGGUUAUAAUACGAGGAAUCCACCAUUACGAAGAAAGGCUGUAAAAAAAUACACGCGCGUGAUCGCAAAGUGCGUGUUUUAGGAGUCAUUCGGAUCAUCACACGGCUCUCGUUGACUGUGGGACGUUCUCCAUUGAUAGUGGCCAACGUCAAUGCACGCUAUUUAUUGCGUCAGUCGCUGCUGUUUACAUGACGUUUAAUUUAGCUCACUGUUUUUUAACUACUUCGCUAUACGACGAAUGACGAAGUCAACAUGAUUUUAUGAGAAAUUGAUAAGAAAAAGAAUAAAUAUAUCGAUCAUUGAUAUUUUUUUUUAAAACGCGAUUUAAGACGUUGAGAUAUACUCUUUUCUGACAAAAUUUAGGUAAAUAAAUUUAUUUCAUCUAGUAUAAGGAAUACAAGUAUAAUUUAUAUCGACUCAUUAGGAAACAUUUUUUAGAGAAAAAAUAAUGUGCGUGUGUGUGUGUGUGUGUGUGUGUGUGCGCGCGCGCGCGCGCACACGCGGGUGGAUAAGUGUAGUCUAAAAAAUGUACAAUUCCUAGAGCUCGACCCAAAUAAUUAUGAUUACAAUAGCAUAAUUCCCUUAGAAUAAUAAAUAUCUGUAAUAUCUAUAAAUAUCUAAAUCUAUUUUUUUGCUGCGAUCACAUUCCAUAAUUAAAGCACUUCCAUUAGUACUUCAAUUUGGUUACCUCGUCCUUUUUAUUUUUUUGACUGUUGUUUGAUGCGAUAAUCUGACAGAGCAGC